AUGUUCCGUCCGGCGCGCAUCCCAAGGCUCUCCCAAGCUCUGGUCUCCAGAGUGUCUCGCGUGUCUCACGCCAGGGGAGUGGCGGGCACAACACCUCAGCUACCUCAACAUGCACUGGGGUCAUUGCCUACAUCGACCUCACCCAUUACCUCUAAGCUCCAUUUCUUCAACUCGGUCAUGAGUGGCGAGAAGAAGAUCCCCACUUACAGGGUCAUUGAUGGCGCGGGUCAGCCCAUUGAAGGCGCCGAGGUUCCUGAGAUUGACAAGGCUCUGGCCCUCAAGAUGUAUGAGCAUAUGGUCCUGCUCCCAAUCAUGGACGAAACGCUGUACAACCUCCAGCGCCAAGGACGUAUCAGCUUCUAUAUUACCUCUUUUGGAGAAGAAGCAGCCGUCAUUGGCUCCGGAGCUGCGCUCGCUCCCGACGAUGAGGUCCUCGCCCAGUACCGUGAAAGCGGUGCGCUGCUGUUCCGCGGCUUUACCCUCGACGACAUCAUGAACCAGUGCUUUGGUACCUACCUCGACUCAAGCGGGAAGGGAAAGCAGAUGCCAGCUCACUACGGAUCGAAGAAGUUGCACUGGCACACCAUUUCCUCCCCAUUAGCCACGCAGAUCCCCCAAGCAGCUGGAGUGGGCUACGCGAUCAAACGCGACCCAAAUCGCCGCGGAAAGAACUGCGCAGUCGUCUACUUCGGAGAAGGUGCCGCGUCCGAGGGCGAUUUCCACGCAGGCCUCGCAUUAGCUUCAACGAUUCCAACCCCCACCUUGUUCAUCGCGCGCAACAACGGGUUCGCCAUCUCCACACCGUCCACGGAGCAGUUCUAUGGCGACGGCAUCGCAUCUCGUGGCCCUGGGUACGGCGUGCACACGAUCCGCGUCGACGGAAACGAUGUGCUCGCGGUGUUCGCUGCCGUCAAGGAGGCGCGGCGGCGGUGCAUCGACGAGGGCCGUGCAGUGCUCGUCGAGACCAUGACGUACCGCGUUGGGCACCACUCGACGUCUGACGACUCGUUCGCGUACCGCCCACGGAAGGAGGUGGAGGACCGCAAGCGUCUUGACAACCCGAUUGUGCGCUUCCGGUUGUUCCUCGAGAGCCGCGGGUGGUGGUCGAAGGAGGAGGAGACGGCGCUCGUGAAGCGGCUCAGGGACGAAGUGAACGCAGCGUACAAGAGGGCGGAUAAGCUGCCCAAGCCCCCUGUCGAAGAGAUGUUUUCCGAGGUAUACGGUGGGGAGAUGCCUUGGAACUUGAAAGAGCAAAGGGAGGAGCUCAAGGGGCUGAUCAAGAAGUACGGGCAGACGUGGGAGCCCUGGAAGUCCGAACUGAAGAAACACAAAGGCGAAGGCAAGGAGUUUUUGGAAUAGCUUACUCAGACAAGGCAGGAGAAUCCAAUUCAGCAGACUAUUCAUGACAUGCAUUGUACAGUAGCAUAACAAGCACCGCGUGUUCUCUCGUGUUCAUCAAGACGUGAACUACUUGAUGCACCGCCCGAAAUACUUUCCAGGACGAUGAGUAGGAUGUGUAUGUCG